CAGUCUCUAUUCUCUAUUCCUACGUGCGCGCAACAAGACCUCUCGAUAGGCACAAGGCAAAGCAAAGCAGAGAAGAGCCCGCUUCCCGCGCUUGCUGCUCACUAAAGUUAACUAAUUCAAUUUUGGCCAGACGUAAAAUGACUCACGAGUCCUAGUUCGUUCGGUGCCUAGAAUGACGGAGCCUUUACCAGGCAACAACAGUGCCGCCGCUCCAUAAAAGCCACAAGCGCUGGCCCCCCUAAGGAGAUGCAAGUGUAUAAUAUAAUGUUUCUGCUUCUGUUGCGACGCCAAAUUGCAUUUGCGGUCAUUACGCCGCAGCUCGAUCCUUAGAUCGCUCCACAAUCUCUUUAUUGACUCGAAAAUUCCCCCCGCCGGCGGUGGGCCAUCGGUCUGGUCCGCCCCCCACCCAUUUCGGAACGCGGCGCCAGCCAGCGUUUUCCAAUGAUGCAAAUCUCAUUUAUCCACAUACUUAAAGUAAUUUUCGUGCUCUCAACAAUUGUCGCCGUCACAGAUUGUUGUUCGAGCCGGAUUUUACUCCUUCGUGAGCACACGCUGAAAAUUGUGCAGCAUCAGCACGAUUAUCACAUGCAUGAGCAUGCGCACGAGCUGCAGCAGAAGAUCGAGGAGACAGCGGUCCAGAUGCUCAACCAGUUGGAGCUGCAGCGUCACCAGCUGGAGGCCUCGGCCCAGGACGCGGCUGAAGAGUUGCGUCAGGAUGCGGAUACGGACAGAGAAACUGAUCCUAAUCCGGAUCCAGACAAUGAAAAACUGUACGCGAAGCCUGUUGAGGAGGCGACUGAGGCCGGGAAUCUGGCACAGGAAGCAGAUAUCUUCGGAUCCAGUACUGCAACCUGGUUGACCCAACGCGGCAGCGAUCCGCCUGCAUUUUCCUCCUCCUCCUCCUCCUUAGAGACUGUGACCAUGUCCACAACUAUUGCUACCGACACGGGAGACACUCCGCCCAUUGACCAGAGCUCGUCCAAUCCGCUUGACUCGAGCACACCCAGACCAGAGGACAAGGGAACUAACCGCACCAACGAGACCGAAGUUCAAAUGCUGCCCUGCAGCGAGGAGUACAAUGCUAGCUUUUGCUUGAACGGCGGCCACUGCUUCCGGCAUCCGAUGGUCAACAAUACGGUCUUUCACUCCUGCAUCUGUGUCAACGAUUACGAUGGUGAGAGGUGUGCCUACAAGAGCUGGAAUGGUGACUAUGUCUACACACCGCCACCACUGCACAGGAAGGUCCGGAUGGCGCAGAUUGUCUUCUCGUUUCCGGUGCUGAUCAUGCUCUCGUCACUCUACGUAUUCUUUGCGGCCGUCUUCAUGCUCCGCAAUGUGCCGGAUUAUAAUCGCCGGAAGCAGCAACAAUUGCAACACUUGCAUAAUCAACGUUUCUUUGUCAGAUGUUAAGAGGUCCUUCUUCGGCCUAACGAAGAAGCAGCUCCUCUUCUUAGGGUUUAGAUUUGGAAACAAUUUUGGUUUCACACACACCUAAAUAUCGACAUUUCUUUUUCAUUUGAUGGUAAAUUCUUUGACCAAAAUGUUGUAUUUCUUUACGUUGCGCAGCGUAAAAUUAAAUGCUUUAAUUUAUUGAAUACAUUUAGUGUACUUGGUAGGAUUUUCUAUUUAGUUUUUGCAAAAAGACUCACAAUUAUAUAGUAUUUGCUCUUUUUUUUU